GCUAAAAAGUUACCGCAAACAGCGUUCGAAUGUACCAAUAUUUAAACUAUGAGUAACCGGUAACACAACCAAUCGUUUAUUUUAAUCCUUCAACAUGUUUUUAUUAAAAUCAAUUAUAUUCGGUUUUUGUUUCCUAUACCUGAGCAUAACUUCAACCGCGAAAGAUGACAAGGACGAACUCAUACAAAUACCGAAAAAACUUUUCGCCGAAUUGAUGGAAAAACGCGACGAACUGAUGCGACUAAAACCCAGCGAAGAAGAAACCACCAGCGUGUCUCCUCCGAAUCAACCGGAUGAAGAAAAAUCCAACCCGGUUAAAGAAAAAAUUAAAUUAUUUUUAGAAAAAAUCAAACAAUGGAAAGACAAAGUCGUAAAAAAGGCCGAUAUCGAUAAACACGUAUUGGAAUUGAAACAGGCUUUAAACGUGAGCAAGAUCAGCGCCAAGGAGUUUUUCGCUGCUGGAAAAAAAGGAGGCAAAAACGCUUUCAAAAUUGGUAAAAAAGUUCUCGAAAUUGCUUUAAAAAUUAAAGAUCCCGAGACGUCGGAUUAAAAACCAGAUUGUUUAAGAACUGUACUUUCGGAUUUAAGAAUUAUUAUUUAUUAAGUAUGUAUUUUUUAAAUGUAAAUAUGUAGGUUAUAAGUAUGGUAAAUUAAGUUUUUAUUUUUUAAUUAGAUACACUACAUAUGUGGGGAAGUAAUUUCAUCGCGUUGCUCGAUAUUUUAGCUUUAUCUAAGAUUUGAAAAUAAAUUUUGAUUGAUAAUUU